CCGGUCAGCACCGACAGCUAUUCUGAUCUCGAGAUCUACAAGACAAUCAGGGCAAAGGGAGGAAUGAAACUGCUGCUUUUUUGUGCACUUCAAACUGCCAUUAUCGGGUCGGGCAACAAAGUGUUUGGUGAAUUCGACUUGGAGGGUGAAAAAAUAGGUGUGAAAGCAGUCUAUAAGGAAUAUAAUGUAAGAGACGACUUGGGCUUGCAAUCCAAAAUCCAGCCAGGUGAACUGACUCCGAGACGGUUGCAACGUUUUUUCCGCGUCCAAGUUAAGGACUACCUGGAAAAAAAUGAAGAAGUCGUGCCGUACUUAUGGAAAAAAUAUAGUGAUUUGGACUUGAGGUAUCGUAGCGUCACUUUUCCUGGAGCCGAAAGUCUAGUCGAAACUAAAGAAGAAGGCUUGUAUCUAUUGAAAACAUACCAAAGACUGGAUCAUCUAUUGUCUCUCAGUAUUAGCGAGAGGAUCAAACGGGUAUUAUUAGCAAGAAAGAUUCUCGAUAUAAGAGACCUUACACACUGAAUUUGAAUGGCGUAAGAAAGAUCUUCGACAGUAUAAUAAAAAAGAAAAUGGAUUGAUUUAUACAUGGUACCGAUGGAAAAGCUAAG